CAGAGCUGACUGUUAGCAAUGUUCUUAUCGACAUGUUGUCGGUUCAAUGAUAAGAAUAUCAACAUUCAACAUGAACAUAGCCUUCUCAUGUAAGGUGUCGGGGCUCGGGACCGGUUUAUGGUAUCACAGAUUAAACAUAGUCGAUAAAUGAGGGUAAAUAAAUACGUGGUCUAGUGAAAAGUUUGGUCCAUGCAAGUCAGUCAUCAUCACCAAGUCAAAGUUGAUACAUUUUGGUUUAGUGGUUUGGUUUUUGGUUUGAGUCAUCGGUUUGAUUUAUACAAAUUAUGUCAUCCUGCUCUAAAGAUAUUUAAUGUUUGUUAAAUUAGUAGGGUUACUGCGCCCAAAGUGAGUAGGAAUACUUGUAAAGUAGCCUUAUACAAAUACUAUUGCAUUUUAGAUAGGCCAAACUUACUUGGAAGGAGGCAUAUCUUAAUCUUCAUCAUCAUCAGAGGAAGAGGUAUAUGAAUAUAUCAACUAAGGGCUUAUUCUAUCAGAUGUAUUAGUCCCUCCAGAGAUUCUUAGAUUCUUGGAAGGAGGCAUGUCUUCAUUUUCAUCAUCAGAGGAGGAAGAGGCAUUUGAAGAUGUCAACAAUGGGCUAAUUCUAUCAGAUAUAUUCUUCCCUACAGAGAUUCUUCUGAAUAUAUUGAUUUUUGUCAGCUGGAAAGAUUUGCUAGCUUGUCGAUCAGUAUGCCAAACUUGGAAGAGAAUAAUAGAUUCAGUGGUGUCAUUCGAGAAGUUGAAGAGAUAUAGUUUAAAAGAAUUAAGGGAAAGUUUUACCCAUACCCUUCCCACAAUCAAGUCUGACUGUGUUCCUUUUUAUCUAUACUUUGCUAUCAGCAAAGGUGCUUUUGGAAAUAAUCUCUUAAAGAACGCUUUUGGCUCAGGAGAUGAUCCACAUGUUUGCGAGCGGGACCAAAAUGCAUGGAGAAAUUUCCAGUUUAGAAGCAACAGAAGUGCUACUGGGGAAUCCAGCUAUGUCAAUGGCUUAAUCUGUUCUCAGAAAGAGUGUCCAAGAUACUUGCACUGGGGUGUGUUGUCAUCAGAAGGUAACGGUUGGUCUGUAGAAGUAGAGCCCACAGGAUCUGAGCCUCUUCCCGCCCACCUUCCCGGCCGCUCUUGCUUUACCACGUCUUAUGGUUGGUGUAUCAAAGAACAAUUAAUAACAUUGGAAGGACACAGUCUCAACUCGUUGAUUAUGGAUCAGAUUCAACCUCAGCUUGAUGUUUCUGAGUGGUAUGCAAGACGCUGGGAUUGUGGUAUUAAAUACAAAUUAGAAGUUUCAUUGCUUGAUAGUAAUAAGCAAGUUCUACACACAUUUGAAGAAGAAACUGGGGAUUCUCUACAAGACAACAAUUGGCAUCAGGUAUCUCACAGUUUCAAGGACUAUGGCCCAGGAGUGAGGUACAUAUUAUUUCGUCACUGUGGAAGAGACAGUCAGUUCUGGGCUGGCCACUAUGGCAGCAAGAUGGCUGGAGGUUCAGUCAUUGCUCGCAUCCCGUCCUCCCAGUUUGAAAAAACUUGUGAUUCUAUUUCUCUAGAUUAGGUUGAUCAUCCUCAAGCAAAGUGGUUGUCAGAAAAGCUGAUUCAUUAACAGAACAAAAUUUGUUAAUCAUUACUUAUUUAUGGCUGUUAUUACAUUUUAACUACCCAAAUAUUAAAAUUAAUUGAAUGUUAUACUUAUAAUGUGGAAGGAGCUGUAUUAUAUUAAAUAUAUUUAAUAAAUCUUU